CACCGCGUUGUUAUAAAAAUAAUAUCAGUGUACGACCGCGCUUUCUCGCCAGAUAUCCCGGCCAAUAUAACCGCCGUCAGCGUAGCACGCUGCUGUUAGUCGUGUGUGUGUUUUUCUUCCGAUUCGACAUUCGUGUGCGUUCGCGCUUUUCGAUAGGUGUGCGUUAAACUCGGACGAGAAUCUGCCUGUCUCGACGCGCAUUUAUACCCCAUUGAUCGUCGCGUAUUCGUCGUGAUCGCAAGCAGCGCUGAUCGAAACGCUCGGCAAAAACGGAGAAAGGGGUAGUAGAGAACGAAAGGGAGGGAAAGAUAGAGUAAGAGAAAGAGGGAGAGAGAGAGAGAGAGAGAGAGAAAGAGAGAGAAAGAAAGAAUCAUCGGAGAACAGAGAAAGGACGACGCACCUACGUAUACGUGCACUGAGUUAAGGCCAGUGUCAUUUACGAAUAUACUAAAACGCAGUCGCACGGUAAAGAGGCCGGGUGUCGUGUCACUUCGUAUUCGGUAGAGUAAAACGGCGUAUCGGUACACCACCUUUGUAACACGACCGAUUAAUCCACGUGCGUCUUCGACGUAUACGUACAUGUAUAUAAGUGUUACGUACAAAGAGAGGAUCAACGUAAUUGCGAGAGGAGGACGUAUCUUUUUUUUUUUCUACCGGCGUUACUAACCCGUUGUGUCAUCGCGUAAAACGGUGUCCAUCAUUCUUCUUGUUCUUCUUCUUCUUCGAGAGCAGUAGCGGGAACCGGAUAACGCACAGUCCCGAGAUCGUACUGAUCAACCAAUCACGUACGAGCACUAGACUGUCUGUUCAGUUUAGUUGGUAAAAGUGCUCGCGCGUCUUCGAUACGUGGAGGGAUUUCUCCGUUAGUUAGAAAGAGAGAAGGAGAGACGGCAGCGUGCGCAAGGAAGAAGGAGAAAGCGGUGGUAAGGGAAUCGAGGGGAAGGGGUACGGUAGUAGAAAGCCGCCGGAGCAAGGAGGAAAGUACGGAAACUACUCCACCCGCAAGAGUUUCUUUUCGGCCGUCGUUGAGAGAACAAGAGAUCAACGGCGAGACUCGUUCUAUCAUUUGAAAGGAAAUUACCGUUAGCAGUGUGCCGCGUGGAUUGUCUUUAAAUCGUUAUUUCGUUUUUCUUUUUGUUUGCCACGCUGUCUCGCGAGGCCUUUAAUAAUCGUUACCGAUUAUCGUGUGCCACGCGUGGUCGUCGUGUGUCAUCAUUGUGAAAAGGGUGAAGGAAGAAAGACACCGAUAUCGUGUGUUCAAGGAAAGAGACGAAGCGUGUGCCGGAGAAUCUGGAAAAAAGAGGGAGAAGGAACACGCGUGGAGGAGUACGGAAUUAAGGAGGCGAGAGAGGACGCUGCUAUACGGAGAACCGAGAGAAAGAGUUUAUACGUGGUGUCUUGACCGUGUAUACGCUGUGCGUCUUUUCCUUUUCCUUUUUCUUGCUCUCCUCUCUUUCAUUCGUGCUCGUUCUGUCGCGCGAACGAGAAAUCAGCCAGUGUUUAGUGCCAGUGUUUGUCUACCUCAGUCGAUUAGCGGUAGCUAACGGCGAAAAGCUGCAUUAUAAAAGAUAUUUAGAAGAAAAGAUAAAUUUAUAUAUAUAUACAUAAUAUAUAAUAUAAUAUAUAUUAUAUUGAACAGUGCUAAAUACAACUUCGAGUAUUGUUGUAAAUAAUUCGUCGGUUUUUGUGUGAAAUUGGCAACGAACAUUAACAACAACAGAAAAUCAUGUCCCUGGAUAAGUUUGCAGACGGUAGCGUUUUGGUAAAGGAUGUGGAGUGUUUAGAAAUGGAGGAGAAAAACGGCGAUGCCACGAGCGCUACCGGUUCGAAGGUUAUCGUAAACAACUUGCCAGCUCAGAUCAGAAUAGAAGAUAUAGAGGCCCUGUUCUCGAACUGCGGUCAAGUGCAGUCGGUGGAGAAAUUGUCCUCGCGCGAUCCUAAUUUACAAACCGUCCUCAUCAGCUAUGAGACGCAAGAACAAGCACAGCAGGCUGUGAACCAGUUAAAUGGUCACGAGUACGAGGGUAGCCCGCUAAAAGUGGAAAUGUCUACGGUGGAGAACCGACGUAGAGGCCGCAGCCAGCGCAGCGGCGUAGCUUAUUCCGGGGUUUCGGGCUCCGGACGGCAGGCAGACUUUCCGCUUCGUAUUCUUGUACAAUCAGAGAUGGUGGGAGCCAUAAUCGGUCGCCAGGGCUCUACCAUACGUCAAAUCACACAGAUGACGCGCGCGCGAGUCGAUGUUCACCGUAAGGAUAGCCUUGGUGCCGCUGAAAAAGCUAUUACCAUCUACGGUAACCCAGAGAAUUGUACGAAUGCUUGCAAGAAAAUUAUGGAGGUCACGCAGCAAGAGGCUUACGGUUUAAGUAAAGGAGAAAUCUCAUUGAGGAUUCUUGCACACAACAAUUUGAUUGGACGAAUUAUCGGAAAGGGUGGUACCACCAUUAAGAAAAUCAUGCAGGAUACAGAUACGAAGAUCACCGUAAGCAGUAUCAAUGACAUCAACAACUUUAAUCUCGAACGCAUAAUCACGGUCAAAGGCAGCAUCGAUAACAUGAGCAAGGCUGAAUCUAUGAUUUCCAGCAAAUUACGCCAAAGCUAUGAAAACGACUUGCAAGCAAUGGCUCCUCAAAGCUUGAUGUUUCCCGGUUUACAUCCAAUGGCUAUGAUGUCCACUGCUGGUAUGGGAUACAGCUCACGUGGUCCGGGCUUGUAUGGCUCUGGACCAGCCCCAUAUCCUUAUCAAACAAGUUUGCCUACGCAGCAAGGUAUUCCAAUAGGAGAUACGCAAGAAACUGCGUUCCUCUACAUUCCGAAUACGAGUGUAGGGGCCAUCAUAGGAAGCAAGGGUUCGCAUAUUAGAAACAUUAUCAGAUUCUCUGGCGCCAGUGUAAAAAUCGCGCCCAUUGAGCAGGACAAGCCUGUAGAACAACAAAAUGACAGAAAAGUAACUAUCGUUGGAUCACCAGAAUCACAGUGGAAAGCUCAAUACCUCAUUUUCGAGAAAAUGCGCGAGGAAGGAUUCGUGGGCGGAACCGAGGACGUCCGAUUGACAAUCGAGAUUCUCGUACCAAGCACUCAAGUUGGGCGAAUCAUUGGCAAAGGCGGACAAAACGUUCGAGAAUUGCAACGUGUAACCGGAAGUAUCAUAAAAUUAUCGGAACAACAAUCUACAUCUCCUUCUGCCGAUGAAGAAGCAACCGUCCAAAUAAUUGGCCCUUUCUUCUCUGUUCAGUCGGCACAGAGAAGAAUCCGCGCUAUGGUUCUACAGUCAUCCGGUGCACCUGGAACAGGUGCCGCAGGCUCACGCGCUGGUCGUGGUAGCAGCCAAGAAGGUGGUAGUUCUCGUACCCGAAGAGAUGGCAGUGCCACGUCCCAACAAGGUGGCACAGCGUCGCAACAUCCAGCUCAGCAACAAUCUAGUGCUUCACCUUCUAAUCAACAGCAAUCACAAAAUCAGUAACGUCACUGAAACUUACAUGACGCCGACCAACGCCUCAGAGAAUCCGUUUGAAUCGCCGGGGUGGCCUUCGUCGCUUUGACAUUCUCUCGUAAAAGGCUACGUGCGACCUCCUUCUCGCGGGCUAUGUAUCCUUCGAUGUACAUAAUACGAACGGUACUUCGCGAAAGCUAUCGGUUCGAAAUGUCACGUACAGUACCAGCGCGCGCGCGCGCACACACGCGCGCGCACGCACGCACGCACGCACGCGCACACACACACACACACACACACACACACACACACACACACACACACACACAUGCAAUAGGAAUGGAUAAUAUUUAAAAAUAAUAUAUAGGUUUGAUUCGGAACGGUAAGAUGUGACAUGAUCGAUGGCUGCUCUUGUCUUGUUUCCUCCCCCAGCCCCCUUUUAUACCGUAGUUCAUCUUGUACGCGAGUUCUCAUUUGUCGUAAGUACAUUUUGUCGCGAGUCUCCGAGAACGCAAUAAAUAUAGAGCGUUUUAUUUUUUAGACAGAUUUUUGCAACAGAACGAAUGGUAAAUUAUGUUAUUGUUGACCGAUUGCCAUCGAUCGUGACACUCGGCCUACGUCGUGUUCAACAGCGAGCCUCGUGGCUCAGGAUACACAGCUCUGUGAAAUGAAAGCGAUGCAGAGCACCGCGUUGAAUCAGACGGAAGUGUGCACGUUAGCCAACGAAUACGCAUCAUGCGAGACGAAGUGAGACGAAAAAUUUGCUUCCUGCCCAUUCGAAGCGGGAGAUGAUAAGUUAUAAUCGAUUCGUCCGUCGAAGAGAUAUACAGAUUGUUCGCUCACUUCUUCUACGCGCGUUACAGCACGUUUCGCUGCGAGUUUGCUUAAUUCAGAAGUUGAAGCGACGAGUGGCACUCGAACGAAUAGAUUAAGCAACGUUAAGAAAACCACCUCGUCGAUGAAAUAGGAUACGAUGAUAAGAAAAAAAAGCAUACACAACCUUAUUACCUCAUUGAUUACCGUUAAAGAUUUAAUAUGAUAAUGAAAAGUGAAACGAGAGAAAGGAUAAAAACCAACUAAUCUAAAAAAAGAAGUCUACAUAAUAUUAAAGUUAUAAUAAUAUACAGAGAAGUUAAGUAACGAUUACACAAUUACGUUAUACAUGUUACUACUACAACUAUUAUUACUAGUACUAUUACUACUGCUAUUAACUAUCUACUUACUUCUACUAAGUACUCUAUACAGGAAAGCGGUUUUUUUUUUUUUUUUUUUUUUUUAAAGAAAAGAAAAGAACUACUCUAGGUACAGUUUUUUUUUAUAUCACAACGCAGAGAGACAUUAAUUAACGAGACAUAAUUGUCGAGAAAAAUAUGAACGAAACGUGACUCGUUCUACAGUUAGACGUAAGCCGGAAAGUUUUCAUGGCAGAUUCCCUUAUCCCCGCCCCUCUCGCGCCUGUAAUACCAAAGAAGCGAUUGCGAGUUUUUGCGUAUUAGUGAAGUGAUAAUGCGUGACAUGCGUAUGGCGCGUUGAACGCUCUACUCACCUCAAGUUCCUUGCAAGAGUCAAGAAGAGCAGCGGGAGGGGUCGCGGACACAACGUAGACGGGUCGCGUCUGCUGGGAAUCGACGAGUGGUUAUUGGCGUCGAAAACAGCAAAUGGAAGGAGACACCGACGAAAGCAACAUCCUUCGUCGUCGAGUCGCUUUUUGCAGAAGUGAUCGGAAAGAAGAAACCGAGUCAUCUAUGAAGCAAAGACGCUUGGAAGAAAAGAGUAUAAACGAGAGGAUGAAUACCGAGGAAUUGUUCGACGUUGUACAUGGAACGGACGUUGUUUCGUGCUCCGAGAAGGAUGUUCCGCAAAGAGAGGAAGGGAGAAUGAAAAAGCGACCGUUGGUACGCACGAGAAAGCGACAAUCGCUUUUGAGAAGAGGACAAAUAUGAAAAGUUCCAGAGCAAAAUGAUAGGACGGUUGCUACUAAUUGUGGAACUUUUUCAGGGAUUUUUACUUUGUAAAUGAAUGUAAUGUGUGAGUGUGCGUGUGUUGAAUACUACUAUUAAUUGAUAAGUAAUUAAUUACUGGUUAGUCUUAUAUGGCAAAGAAACAAGGAAGAUAGAUUAGGGUAAUCGGGAGAAGAGAACCGUAGAAAGGAGAAAAGUGGGAAAAGUGCUGAAGGUGGAAGAGCGAUAUUUGACGAGAGAAAGGCAUCGUGAUUGUGCAUUUGAUGUCGCUCUUCGCCUAGUGAUGCGAGCGCGGAUAUCGCCAGCGAGUUAUCGAAUAAACGAAGAUCGUACGUCUGCGAAUUUUUACGAAAUUCCGGCCCUCGACGAUCUUUGUAAAUUCUGUAAUUAUUUCUCUUUUCUCUAUUUUUCUCUUGUUUUAAUUAUAUGUAUAUAUAUCUAUAUGUAUAUAUAUAUAUAUAUAUAUAUAUAUGUAUGUAUAUAUAUAUAUAUAUAUAUUAUAUAGUCGUAUCACUAUUAGGAUAGCAAAUACUAUUACGAAUACGUUGAAAUUUGAAUAAACACAUUAGAAACUCGCAGCGAUAUCGCGUUUCCGGCACGGCGCGUACUAUCGAUCACGAUAAUUCUUACGAUUCUUUCUGCGACAAUUCGUCGUAUAUCAACAACAGCGAAAGGAAUAAUACAAAAUUCGAGAAGAGUUCGUAGAUCGAGUGUUUUUAACGUUGAAGAGACGAUAGGCGAACACGAUGGAAAGAUAAGGUUUUCCAUCAACGAAGAAUAUUCGUGACCGAUUGCGCGUAGCUCCUAAGUCUUAAGUUUUGAUUUAUGAAAGCAGAAACAGAAAAAAAAGGCAUGAGUCUAAGAAGUUGAAGGAUAACGAUGGUUCGCACGUGCAUCGUACGGGCAGGAAACGUUUUCGCUCGAAACGGAAAGAUCGAUCGUGUAAGAGAUUUUAUGGGGAGAUCGGAGAUUGGGAGGGAGAGUGAAAGAGGUAGGAAAGAUGAAAAACACGGUGAAAAGCUAAACGUUUCGGGACUAUUUAAAACGGUGAAGUGAAUUUGCACUAAUUUAUCGAAAGAGACUUGAGAAACUGUUCGAACGGGCUAGAUCCGUUUCGGUGAUCUAUAAACGUGACAGAGGAUUAAAAAAAAAAAGGAUAAAACAAAAAAAGAAAAAAGAAAAAAAAAGGAGAGAAGAAAAAUUAACGGACUGACGAGACGCAUCAUCGCGUGCCACGAGAAAUAGUAUCCGCAAGAUCGUUGAAUCUUUCCGCCCCAUUCGAGUUUCGUUUUAAUUACAUUAUAGGAAGCCUGUCAUCGUUUCAUACGUUUUGAUUUCUCCUAUCGAUAAUAGAAAGUUUCGCUACCGGCAGAGAUCAUAAAUUACCUAGCGUUAGCCAGAUUUCCUUGAAAUUUCGUGGCGCGUGAUUGAUGCUCAAUUAGUACGUUGAACCUGGUGGCCGGCAUUCGCGCAUAGCGACGAAGACGAUAAUCCCUUCCGGUUCACGGGAUUGAUCGGAAGACAGGGUCGUCGACCGUCGGUUCACCUCAUGGCAUUUUGUAUGCGUUUAGUACAAAAAUACACGAGUUUAAGGUAGGUAGGAGGAAAUCCAGUUUUACGAAAGAGAAAACGUGUACGUUGAAUGGAAGGGAAUUGUUAUAUCGCGUGUUAGGAUUUUUGUUUAUCGGGUGAGAAGGCAAACGGAUUACAGAGAAACGAACUUCCGUUGGGUGUGCGUAGCAAUACUACUAUCGGCGGAUAAUGGAAAAUUGAACGAUGGAGAAGGUAUGCAGAGGAAAAUAAAGAGACGAACGCGAGCGGUGGAAGCUCGGUGCGCCAAUGCUGUCCGCUCUCUUGCCUGUUUCUUUUUCGCUGCAUCUCGAAGAGGAGGAGUGCCGGAAGGAUUAAAAACAGAAGGAAAGAAAAUGAGAAAGAAGAGACGACGAUGCCGAGAGAUAAAGAUAGAGAUAGAGGGAGAGAGAGAAGAAGGAGGGCGGUAUAACGAAAGAAGCGAACUCGAGCGAGGACAGAAGGAAAAGAGUAACGACGCCGGAUUUGAGUGGAAAAGGAAAAAGAGACAAAAAUAGUAUAGAAAGGGAAGGACUACGUGAUGAGAGAAGCGAGAUAGCAACGUGAAAAAAAGCGAAAUGAAUCUAAGAGUAAUAAGUUUAUUUUUGAUACCUUGUUGGGGAGAUCUAAGUGAAUCUUUCUUUUUCAAUUUUUUUGUUAGACGUUUUUAAUAACUUAAUGAAUUUUAACGAUAUUAAUAAAAAUAAAAAAAGAGAGAUGCGACGAAGAAAGUCUGAAAUGUUUUUUAAAUAGAGUUAUAAGGAGAUUAUAAGGUGGAAGGUGGUGUAGAAGAAGCGAAGCGAAGUGUUUUUCGUAAAAGAAUAUGUAACUUAAAGAUUUAAAAGAAAGAGGAAAAAAAAUGGAAGAGAAAGAGAUUGGGAGUAAAAGAGAUGGAAGAGAUAAUGAUAAAGGAAGAUUUAAAAGGGCACGGCGCGCAGCUUUUUGCGCUGUGCGCGUCUGUAGCUCAUCAGGGGAGGGGGGGAUAAAGGAAACUUUAGUCGGUUAAAUUGUAUAAUAUAUUUAAUAUAUUUGGAGAGAACGGCGGCGCCAGGUCCGCUCGGCAAACGAACGUCGUUUCAACGGCGAGCGACAAAGGCGAUCGGGCUCGCAGUUUUAUGUGACGCGAUUUUCGUCGUUGUCGCUUCCUGGAAAUGCUUUCUCGCCCGCAGGCCUUCGCUUCCGUACUUAUUUAUGAAACGUAAAUAUUUAAAGAGACGAGAAUGAUUAACGUUUUGUAAAAAAUAAAAGAGGAUUAAAACGAAGAAGAAUAAAAAAAAAAGAAGAAGAAGAAUAAGAAUAGAAAGGACGCAAAGAAAAACGAGGAAAGUGCCAAGAGACUAAAAUCAAUAUGCACACAGUAGUAAGAGAAUAACAGACAGACAUCGUUUUAUAGAAUAACCACGAAACCAUAGACGAAUAAACGAUAAAGGUAUAUCCGCCAGAUAAAAAUCCAUAGAACAAAGGGAAGAUGCAACACGCGACAAAACGAAGAUACGCAACGGUUUCAUAAUCAUCGGCAACAACGUCAAAUUAAACGGAAAGAUUCGCUUUAACGACGAAAAAUCAUUUACGCUAAUUCGAAAUCACUUGACACUCCUUUUUCCUGAAACGAUACACAUCAAGGGAACACGUUCGCAAUUCAUUGAUUUUUUCGGCCAAAACAACGAAUCCAAAUUUUUCACGUAUUUUUCCACGGUCGAUCGCACGCGAAAAACGUGCCAGAAAAAACGACAGAUACGCAAAAUGUAUAGAGAAGCACGACGCUAUUAAGAGUUACUAUCGCUCUUUUCACAGAAUUUCGUUGUUGCGCGGCGCGAGAGAAGACUUGAUGGCAACAACGAAAUCCAUCGCCCCUACCCCUUUUCGGAAUAUCUCUUUGUAAGAAAAAAAAAAGAUAAAAAAAUAAAAAAAAGAAAGAAAGAGAGAAAGAGAAAAAAGUACGAAUACAAAAAAAGAACAGAAGAGAACAAGAAGGAAAGUUCGUGAUCCGCACAAUCUGCCCCGCACGUGAAUUUUUACACCUUUGACUCGUUCAUCGAUCUUUGAUUCAUUUUUUCGUUGCGCUAAUUUUUGAGAAACGAAAUUUCCACGACAAGACGAAAGAAGAAAGCUACCGUAACGACAACAAAAACGAGAAACUUGAGGAUUCAGUAGCGUAGAAAGUGAAAAAGAGGACAUUGUUUAACUUCGUUGCUCGUCCACAGUACUUGCACUCUGUUUCGACAAAGAAAAAAGAAAAAAGAAGACAAGUAAUGAGAAUUCGAGAGAAUUUAUGGUAAUAUACCACGCGAACACGAUAAACGCAAAAAUCAUAUACACGCAACAACUUGAUCAAACAUUGAAAAGGAGAAAGCACACCACAACAAGCAUCGCGAUAACACGGAGAUGAAAGUUAAUUUUCCGGACGAUUCCUCAGCAUAGCACUUCUCAAACGCCACGUAGAAAGAGAAAGGAUGGGAUAGAGAGAUUUGGAGAGAACGUGACAAAAGCCCGUUCGCACGCUCGGGAGAAUGUACAAAUCAAAGUAACAAAACUUAAACACAAAAAAAAAAAGAGAAAAAAUGGAAAAAAAAUGAAGAUUGAAUAGAAAUUAUUAAUAUAAAUAGUAAUAACUUAAAGAGAAGAGAAAAGAUUUUUAACGUUAUAAAUUAUUACGCGCGUGAAUUAAGAGGCGAGGAGUAACUUAAUCUACUAUUGGUUAAGAAUACCAAGAAAACAAAUGUACAAAAUCGAAUUAUCGGUAAAUUUAAAUGUUAGUAUUCUAGAAUAUUUUACCGUGAAAAAUCGCACUUAUCGAUAUAGAAUUGAGGAAAUUUAAAGUAAGCUCGACGCUUAAGUUAAGAUUUUCCAUAUAUCCAGCGAGACAAGAUUAAGAUACAACAUCAGGAACGGAAAAGUAUAAACAAAUAAAAGAUCGUAUCAUGCAUCAGGUAACAAAGUAAUUUUGUCGACGAAGAAAACGAGAACAAUUCCUUCAAUCGAAGCGUGAAACGUGCGUAACUUCAACUAUCGUAUGCGAGCCUCGACGAAACGAAGAAGCAGGGAGUAAAAAAAAAAAAAGGAGAAAAUGAAAAAAAAGGAUACGGGAAAGGAAAGAAAGAAGAGGAAGAAGAAAUAGAAGAAAAGGAGAUUCUUUCUUUUUGUAUGAACGUCCAAUGUCGUCAUCGACCUAUCACCGACGACUCUUCUUAAGCUUUACCAACUUUUUAUCACUUUCUUCGUAUAGGCUAUUUGUACGACAGAACAACGGUCAUUUUGUGUAGUUUUUUAUCGAACAUUUUUUGAAGAAAAGGAAAAAAAAGAAGAAAAACAGAAAAGUGCUCCUCCACGAGGAACAAGCUGCACACGCUGGUGCAGCCGUGGAAAGCACGCCCAGGCAUAAUAACAUACAGUAGCAGAGGAAAUACACGAGAUGAAAAUUCGCACGAGAAAAACCGGCACGACGAUGGACAAACGACGAGAACUUUCAGCGAAGCUACGCUUACCGUCGCGGUAUUAGAAAGAAAGUAGACAGCGAAACAAAAAGAGAAAUACAGAAGCAGCGCACAGAAGAGGCGAAGAACGCGUCUAACGCGUAACAGCUACGCGAUUCGCGAGCAAACUUUCGAUGGAACGGCAGAAAAUACAGAAAAACGAAAAAGAGACAAAAAAAGAAAAAGAGAGAAUAGAAAGGAGAAAGAACUCAGAAAGAGACUCGAUGAAAUAGACGAUUCGCCACGUACGACACGGUGGCCAAAAUUUCAAACAAAAUCUUCCAUUUCCGCGCACGUUUUAAAUACAUCAUCGUACAUAGCAACGACGCACAUCAUCUUUUUUACAGUUGGAUCUACCACAUAGUCGAAGGACCGGCGUAUCCGCCGAACGCCGAACGAGCCGACAAAAAUCGUUCGGAGAAGAUAGAAAGAAGACGCGUACGUACACGCGUACUCUCGACCAAUGAAAUACAAAAGGCACAGGUUUCCGGCGACCCAUCCUACCGUUGCGAUGAAAACCUUGAAGAAAUUGAGGAGAAUACGAUAGAGUCCACGCUAUACAAUUUUUAACGGAUCAGGUUGCUAACGUGAAAUUCCCAUCGACUAUAUCCCACCACUCGUGUAUGAAUAAGAUCCGCGCUGUCGCAAAACGUUCUCGAUCGCAAACGUUCAACAGCGUCAGGUCUUCGGACAAUCACAGCUCGAUCCUUCCAGUUUUGCUUUUCAAUGCUUUACCGUCGUCGAUGUCUACGCAACGCAACAUCCAUCGUAUAUCGCGCAUUCUCUUCACUCGCUCGUAGACCCGAGACCAAAACAACGUUUAAAGGAAAGAAGAAAAUGAAAAUGAAAAAUCAGCAAAAAGACAGCAAGGGUGUACGAUAUCCGUCAUUCUCCUUCGCGGGCAUUGCUCGGCUGUCUUCGAUGCAUACAGUUAUACAAACGAGACAGAACAUAAUAUCAGGGUGGUUUACGCCGAUGUCACCUUACAAUAUACAUAUUAUUACGCAUUACGAAGAAGAAGAGGAAAAAUGAAAAAAAAAAAGAGAGAACCCGAAGGGAUCGCGAUCGGUUCGAUUCGUCAUCGACUUACACGAUCCUAAUACUAAACACGCAAGAAUAUAAUAUAUUUAUAUAUAUAUUAUAGAAUAUAUAUACGUGCAAACGAUUCGUGCACGCGGUUUUCGUGUUCCGCGCAGAGAUUUUUACAAUAGUAACGUAUGGGUUAUUAUAGGACGCCACUUUGGGGAUAGAAAUACGAGAAGACAAUGGUAAUAUCGAGAGGCGAUCAUUCGCCCGACCCGUCGUUGCGAACAACCGAUCAACGUUACAACACUUGGAUUUCUUUAUUGAUAACGAUAAUAAUAAUAGUGAUAAAUGAAUAGUAAUAGUGGUAAGGGAUAUAGAGUUUACCGGGGAAACGACUCGAACGGUGAUUCGUUACCGUUGUCAUCGUUUCACCGUGAUGACGAGAUCGCGCGCGCGUAUAAGAGAGGACAGGGGAAAAUAGAAAGACGAAAACAUGCACCGACGAACCCUUGUGAGAAAAGGGUGUGAAAGAUUAUUUUGGGCUUUAGUAUUAGUAUUUCGAGGUAGCCGGAGUCAAGUGUGGCAGUUCAGAUUUUCGUAAGAUCGCGAAAUAGACCGCCGGUACGUUGAUGCAAAGAGAUAGAAGCAGCGGUGGCACAGGAAAACGGAUCACGGGGGAAAUUUCGUUUGCCCGGUGGUCGUCGUUCGUGUCGGCGUUUCGUUUGGCGGGCAAAAUUCGCUCGCGGUCCAUCGACUGGCAUCGAUCGACCAAGGUUGCCGUUCUUUUUUUUUUUUUUCUUUUUUUUCUUUUUGCCCUUCGAACGAGACGCGGCACGAACGCUUUGGCCGGGAAACGCCGAGAACGCGAGAUGGAAUCAGGGCUGCUGAAUCGUAUAAUUCCGGGUCGAGAAACGGUUGCGAACCGAAUACGCGGUAGUAAACGAGGGCCUUAUUGUAUACAAUUUGGGCAUUGUUGUUAGUGUAACAGGUUCAGGUGAUAUCGGUAAGAGAUAAUAUAUCGGAUAAGGUUUCUUUUUUUUAAGGCGUGUGGCACGCGCGAAUUGGGCGCGUAAAGAGGGAUGAAAAAAUUUGGUGAGAAAGAAGCGGAGCGAAAGGGAAACUAGAGUGAACGUGCGAAUGAGCGAGAGAGCUGCUUGAGUGGAUGAUGAAAUACGCAGAAACAUAAUCUUUAAUAAGCAGAGUUAGGAUGCUGAAUAGAGUGAGAGACAAGUUUAAGAGCGAAGACGCGUCUUUUUUUUUCAAAGAAGUCUUAAUAUAUUAUCUAUUAUUAAUCCUAUUGUUGCCAAUAAUGGGCAUUACGAAGAAAACCGCGCGGGUAUGUAACUUAUUCUCUACACUGCAUUUACACUCCCCAGAAUUUCCCUAAGAAGACCUUGUAUGCAUAUAUAGUAAACACACAUUAUACACUAUACACUUGUUGUACAUAGAUAUAUAUUAUAUGUAAAGCUUAAACUUAUUAACGAAACAGAUUUAGUCGAUGUGUAACGGAUAGAAGAGGAAUUAUGCAACCCGUGAAAAAUAGCCGUUUCGUCGCGUAUGGGUGAAAAGAGCGAAUGAAGUAUUUUUCUUUUCUUUUCUAUUUUUUUUCUUUCCUUCUUUGAGACGAGCGCCAUCACGAUGCCGCGCUUUUGUUUUUCUUUCAUCUUAAAUGUGAAGCGAAAGUGUUUACACAUGGUGCCGCAUGUUAUACGGGUAACGCGUGACCCUGUCACUACCGUUCCACCGUCGUCGCUCUCGUCUCGUACCUCGAUGCAGAAACUUCAACGAUUAAUUAUCCGUGCGCAGGUAGGCGCGCGCCAACUUUCUAACAUCGAUCAUCGUUAUACCGAGAACCGAUCGGAUAUUAUAUACAAAUAUAUUAAUAUAUACAUAUGUAAUUAAGAGCUUGGUUCGAACGAUGCUCGUCCGAAACCGGUUGAAACAUGCACACACACUGCCCGAUGAAUGCUGUACAUAAGAGAAAGUUAUUUUGCCAGAAACGCGAUAAACAGAAAAUAAGAUAGAAGAACGAGACAGCGUUCCAACGAACAAUACGACACGAUCGGUCGAGACGCAUCGAUCGUGUUUCUCAUAUCGAAGGACCAAGAUUCCUCGAAGAGAUCGAUUCCCCAAUCACUGGAUCUCUUUGAUCUGUCUCGUUGGACAACGCCGAUCGGCAAUAAUAUACGUAACGGAAGUUGCACCAGUUAGUGGUGCGGUCACUGCCAAACGAGACGAGACAGCGGCUCGACGAAACAUACAACCACAACAUUUUCCUAAUCGUUGAAAUAUUCACGCGACGCUUUAAACAAGAACGACCGCAAAGGACGAGCGAAGGAUAAUAUCGUAUAAUUGUCGGUGUGCCCGUCGUUCAUAUCGAUGCUCUCUCCAGCGAACUCGAGCGACGAUCGAGGAUCGCGUCAAGUCCAAAGGAAAGGACGCGAUCGGUCGUCGCUGAUCGAGACGAGAUGAGUAAUACUAAAACCCAAAAUAGCUGUUUCCGGCAGUUGGACCGAUCGAAGGAAGUCGCGCUAGAGACGGAGAGAAAAGGCACGUUAGAAGAGAAAGAGCGGGAGCGAGAAGCUAAGAAGAGAGGAAGGGAACGAUGUUAACUAGAAGAGAGAGAGCUUGUUUUUCAUUCAUUCGCUACCUCAUGGGUUAACUACCGUGUAUCUUUUCAAAUCUGGCGGCAAAUAAAGGCACCGCAAAGCGGAGAGAUAGAGGAAAGAAAGCAAGAACGAAGAAAAUACAGAGAUACGACGCUGCGAAGCGUACAAAGGAAAUAGACUCGUAUAUAUAUAUAUAUAUAUAGUUGUUCGCGUUUUCCACAAUAUUUUUUUUUUUUUUUGUUUCUCUUUUAUUCUUUUAUUACCGAGCAAUUUUAUCAAGCGGAAUCGUUUCGCGUGGGAGUACGUCGCUGAACGACAACGCGCCGUUAGAGUAUAAGUAUCGUUCGCGAGUGUUUUCUUGCGAUUUUUUUUUUUUUUACACCAAUCCUUGGUUUUUCUGGUUCUUCUUUAUCUCCGUUGAUUCGUCUCGCGUUCUUUCGUUCGACGCGACCGUUUACCAUUUACCUCUUUGAUCGCAAGAAAUGUUUAUAACACGUUCUUCGUUUUUCCUGUUCGGUUUACACGUUUGUUUCGCACGAUUGCCACGUUCGUGAAUGUUGUUCUGUUAACCCGUUUGCCGAUACAUUUUAUAACUUCUUUUUUAUACAUACAUAUAUAUAUAUAUAUAUAGAUAUAUAUAGAUAUUUAACGCAUUUAUAUCUUAUUUUUCCGUUGUUACAAACGAAUACGCGCAAACUACACACAAACACGUAAUACACAUGCCAAGUCUCGUGCCAAUCGUACGCUGUAGAGAAAUUCCAACAAACUCGAAAUUAGAGAACCGUUCGAUCGCGAGACUCGAAUUGGUUUACCGAUCGACGCUUACAUAUGUCGCCGCACGUACUCAUUCAUUUAACGAAAGAUCACGGGCAGAAGAAAGCCACCACGAACGCUUUUCGGUCAGGUCAACAUUCGCGACAAACCGAUACACACAGGGCUGUACAUGUACGUUCUACGCGUACUCUGUAUAUCGUACGCACCGAAGCACCGAAGUGUCCGAGUCGAAACAGUUUCGUCAGGUUGGACGACAGAAAAAAAAGUACCAGUUACGAAUUCCUUUUUUUUUUUCUUUUUUUCCUUCCCCGGCUGUCUUUUUUUUUUCUUUCUCUUUUAGAAAAAUCGUUUCGACGUUGGCGCUAGACGUUCGAACGCGUAGGAAAUACAGUUGCGAGUAUGCAGGCGAUCGCGGGACCAUAUUAAUUAACCAAAUUAACGAGAAGACUAUCAUUCUUAUAUAGCAACGUAGCGAAUGUUUCUAGCACUCGGCGGAACUCGAUCAACGAAAAUCCUUAAUCGAUCGAUAAUUUCUUUAACGACGUUAACGAUUCGCACGUAAUUAUUUUCAACUGGCUCGGAACUGUUCGAACUCGGUACUCGGUGCUGGUGCGGUGUCUCUCGAAUCGCGUACGAGGAAACAUCGACUUAUCACGGGACGAUAGAUACGCGUAGAAACGCAAAACAACAAACAAAUUGGAUAUGGAAACAGCAAACGGUCGGAGCAGCCCAUUGGCGAGAAAAGAAGAAUGCGCGAAAAGAGAGAGCUAGAGAGAGAGUGAGGGAGUGAGAGGGAGCGAGAGGAACGAUGGAAAAAGGGCGAGAUCGAUCUUUCGACAAGGAGAAUAUUAUUCGACCCUUCUUGCUCGCCACUGCUGGCAAACGAACGAAAGUCGUCGAUCGAUAGAAUUUCGGUACUUACCGGUAUGCAUUUGCGCGAACUCGUGGCCUAUCGAGCUAAAUCAUCGGGAAAAAGGGGAAGAAUUUACACACGUAUCGACGCGAACCAACUUCAAAAGAUUUUCACGACAAAGAAAAUUACGAUAGAACGUAUAGUACCUUUCGACGCACAACGAGCCAGGCUCGAUGGACGAACGAUCGAGCGGCAGAAGCUACGCCGGAUCGGCGUUGGUCGCCUGCUCGUGAAAGAGAAGCAAAAGGAAUAAAUUUGUUGGGACACGAGAAUUGAAAGAAAAGCAGAUAGUAGAAUGUAAAAGUGACUCCGGGACGCCGUUUCGACACGGUGCUGCAAAACGUGCUGUUACGUAAUGGACGAAAAGUAUAGGUGCGCAGGCGGACGACGAUCGAACGAGAAGGGCUGGACGACAAACUGGACAGGCAAUGAUAGAAAAUAGAGCCGAAAAUAACGGAUCAUCAUCACAUUGACAGCAAAGGGAGGAGGACAGCUUUUCGUUUUGUAUACACAUAUAUAUUAUAUACAUAUAUUCUAUAUUGUAGAAUAUAGGGAAAAAGUGGACUGUGUGAAAUUACAAAAAAUAAAAAAGUAAAAAAACAAAGAAUUACGAGAUGGGAAUGGAAGGGGGGGAAAACCGGCGCGACCCUCGGCACGACGCCAGGGCGGCUGUACAAAAAUGAUUAAAAAAAAAAAGAAAAAAAAAAUUAAAGAUACUCUACUUCAAUUUACCGAAUUGCAUCAAACGCAAAAGAAAAAGGGUAACGGAUUUAACAAUCUACGCAUACUUCAACACACACACGCAUACUAUAUAUACGUACAUUAUAUAUAUAUGGAUAUAUAGAUAUAUAUAAAUAUACGUACAUUAUUAUACGCACGUCUAGGAUGGUAUGUGGGAUCUUUGAACGGAGGAGAGAGAAAAUGAGAAAUAGAAGAACGUAGAGAAGGAUCCGACGAAAGGCGAUGUGGGCAAGGAAAAGAGAGGAGAGAUAUCCAUGUAUUUUUCUGAACGAUGGUUGCAUGCAUAACGAACUAAAAUAAGCAAAACGGAUAGCUAAUCCAUAAAUGAAAAUAGAGCGGCGACACGCGCCGUCUCAUCUUUUUUUUUGUUUUUUCGUCGCGAAACCGAUCCCAAGGAAGAAGUACAAUCUCUGAAUCACUGAAUAAUUCGCAGAAGAUUGAGAGAAGGAUGAUUCUUGAACGGGAAGGGAACAACGCAAAGUAUCGCUGAAUAAUAAGAAACAAGCGGAAAAGAUGUUACUUGGAAGUUAACACGUGCUUGGAAAGAAAAAGAGAGAACGCUAUUUUCUUGACGAAAAAUAAAAUAAUACAGAAGUUGCGCAUUGCCGACGGAGACAACCUCCGCGCAUGCAUUUUCUGCAUCGCACUUGCUAAUUUGGAUAUAAUCAUGUUUUUUUUUUUUUUUUGUUUUAAUAUUUGCGCUUUCGCAGGGCUUGUCGAUCUUCGUCACUCUGAUCGCCUCGAUCUGUAUUUUCGAGCGUUUACCGUUAAUGACGUGUAUUUAAAGGAUGUGAUAGAAAUCUAGUGAAAGAAAGAGAAGAGAAAAAGGGUGAAAUCGAUGGACGAGACGCGACGAACGCGAGCCCUGCGAUUACGAUAAUUUCACCGUAAUUAAUUCAUUUUUUUGUCUACUUUAGUUUACUUUAAUUGCUACUAUUCUACUAUAAAAAAAACUUUUACUAUAUAAUCAUUUACCACUAUGGAAUACUUUACUAUUACUAUCGUUAACUAUUACUACUACUAUUACUACUACUAGUAUUGCUGCUGCUACUAGUACUACUACUACUACUACUAUUUCUACUACUACUACUACUACUAUUACUAUGCUAUUACUGCUACUACUACUACUACUACGCUAUUACUACUAUCUACGGUUUACUAUUACCGCCUAUAUAUUUUUGCGUCUUGAAUGAUUUGAUGAAUUUUUUUGCUAUUCUCGAGAUUUCCGCGUAAGGCCCCAUAAGAGAAAAAGAAAACUCGCUCUUUUUUCUUGGUCCGAGAAGCUCGUUCCGGCAAUGCCUGCCAGGGUAUCAAGAUUUCAUAACUAUUUUUCCGUUUACUAGGUUUUUUUUCCCUUUCAUUUGAAAUGAUCACGUAGUAUCGUCGAGGCACAUGGUGUAUGUUUUUUCUUUAUCACUGUAUAUAUAUCUAUAUAUAUACACACACAUGUAUAUAUAUCUGUACAUAUAUAUAUGUGUGUGUGUAUGUAUGUAUAUAUAUAUAUGCACACUUUUAUUUUUUUUUUUUUUCUUUUCUUUUGGUUUCUUUUAAAUUCGAAAACGGGAAGGAAUUAGACAGAUGGGACGUAAAGGGAUUGCUGGUAAAAUUUGAUUUGACGACGGACGAGAGAUCUAAGAAGGAAGAAAAAACGAGGGAAUGGACUCAUAAGAUAUGGCGUAUAAUAAUAAUCUUAAUGCUAAUAAUAAUAGUAAUAAUAAUAAUGCUAAUUCUAAUGGUAACGAUAAAGAAAAAUGCUGAUCGCUAGUACGAAAUUGUUGACGCAGUUGAUAGAGACCCGUGAGCGCGCCGCGUUUGGAGUGAGAGAAACGAUUUGUCGAAGUCAGAAUAAAACGAGAGACAGAGACGGCCUGUUCAAUCGAGAAGAAAUUCGAUAAUUAAAAACGCGGAGAAAAGGAAGAAAAAAAAAAAAGAAAAAAAGAAGUAAAAUGGAAAUACGAUUGACAGGCGGGCGCGCGUUUUCUCCACCGGUGGGAAUAACGCGCGUUUCUUCUUUCUGGUUUUCGAUUAUAAAAUUCUUUUUUUUUUUUUUCACCAUCGUCACGUUUCAGUUCUAAUCCUCGGGAUGAUCCUCCUUUUUUUUCUUUUUUUUCUUUUUUGUGUGGUAUUGUUCUAUGUUUUAUCAUUAUUAUUAUUAUUAUCGUCGCCCUACUAUUUUUUUAAGCUCCUUUUUCCCCGAAUUUCUUUGAUUUUUCUUUUACUUAUUAUGGUCUUUGGUAGAAUCGACAAAUUCUGUUAUUUUCUUUUUAUGGUUUUUUUAUAAAUCAUUGGAAAUCGCGUACUCACUUUCGAACUCACACUCUUACACGCAUACAUACGUACAUACACGGGCGCGUCCACGCGCCAACACACACACACACACACACACGAAAACACGUACCAGUGCACGCAUAGGAAACGCGUUAAGAGAAACAUUGAUUCGAAGGAAACAAAUAAAAUCUAUGGUGUUUUUAGUGGAUAAUAUUUAAAUACUAUAUGGAUAAUCAUUAAGUACAUCAAACAUAGAGGUUAAAGUACAUAGACAUUAAGGCAGGAAAAAAUGCAUAUAUCUAUAGCGGGCUGCUCCCCUCCGGAUGCAAAAUUUCUGCUUCGGUGACAGUCCGACCAUCGUGUGGAAGGAAGGAAAACAUCGAGAGAAGAAAGCCGUGUGUCUUGCUUUUCGAAAGAUCGAGCCAACGAUCGAGGAACGAAGAAAGGGAAAGGAAUGAAUGGCGCUUUCGACUUGAAAAGACUUGUAUUCGACCUGAAAAGACAACGAAAUUGAAUAAACGAAAUUCGCGUUCGACGAAGAGGCUAAUGAAAAGCUGAAGAAAAAUGAAAGGGUAGACUAGAGAAGAGGAGGAAGGAAGUAGCUGCGUUUUUCGUUUCUUUUCUGGAGGGAGAGCACCCGCUAGCGAGUUUGGUUUAAAAAUUAGUAGGUGAACGUGAGGAAUUGCCCUGUAUCGUUGAAAACUUAAAGAAAGACGAUUCGAAAACCAUAACCGGACUAUAAAUUCGACGAAGUGAACGAAAAAACGAACGAAAGAAAGUGGAGAAGAGGGAAAUCACAUUUGGGAAAAAGGGAAACGAAGGUAAUAUUUUGUUUUUUUUCUUAGGAACACAGCAACAGUGGGAUUAGCCGUGCGUGUAAACGGAAUAGACGAAAGGAAAGCUGAGAUUCAGUUUUCUUCGCACAGGUCAGAAUUUUCCUAACGAAACCGCGCAUCUUUUUUCCGAUCGAAUAAUUCGUCAGCAUACACACACUUGCAUACGGUUAGAUGAUAAACAGUGUGCGUUGGAAAACGCACGUACACGUGCAUACGAAUACACUCAAAUAGAACCGUCGCGCAUGCAAAUGCAAAUACCGAAAGAAAGAAGAAAAACGGGAAAACGUAUAUAUACACAGAUGAGAAUAACGAAGAACAUGACGAAAGAAGAAGAAGAAGAAAGGAAACAAAGAGACCGAUUCUCUCCGCCUGUAAUAAGCGUUUAAGAGUUUAUUAUCGUACCAGAUUUACCAUAGAAAAGCUAUAUUAUAUAUAUCGGAUACAUAUAUAUAUAUAUAGAUUGUUCUAUAUAUCUACACCGUAAUAACGUCAUAUAUAUUUUGCCAGUUUGUUCUUUGUGUUUUUUUUUUUUUUUUUGUAAGCUAUAUAAGAGGGAAUAUACGCAGAGGGGGAAAAAGAAAAAGAGAUAAAUAGAUAAUACGAGAAAAAGAGAGGGAGAGAGUUUAAGACGUUUUAAAAUAGAAACGAAAGACGCGAGAAUAAGAGUAGCGUGGAGGAAGCUUGCAAAGAGCGGUGAUAAAACGGGGAUAGAGAUCGCAAAUAAUAAUAGUAUAAUAAUAAUAAUAAUGGAAACCGGAUGGCAUUUAAAGGUACCUAUUAAUUAAAUAACAAUUAUUAUUAAUAAUAGUAAGGUUUAACGCAAAACGUUCUAACGCAAGAGUGUCCAUGCAACAAGAGUCUUUCUCCGACCUUUUUCUCCGAUACCGUUUCUUUUUUCCAUACUAUCUUUUUUUUUUCUCUUUUCUUUUCUUUCUGUAAAGUUAAACACCGUUAUCGGACGAAUUUGUUAAACGCAGUACUCUUCUUACAUUUGACACGUAUGCCGCAUCUGUGAAAGCGUGACAUUGAUAUACAAAUCAUAAGUGCAAUAGUUGUUACAAUAGAACCCAUGGGAUUUUUAGAAAGGCGUCGCCGUGCCGGCCGAUCUCGUCGGCGUCACAGGGCGUCGAGACAACGUUCGCCGUCGCUUCCCCUGACCACAUAUUUAUUACUUUAUCGUCUCGCGAUCCUUCUUCGUUCUCGUAUCCACCACCUGAUCUCGUCGUCGUUGUUCCCUCCUUUGUUUCUUUAUUAUUAUUAUUAUUAUUUUUUUUUUUUUUUGUUCCUUAUCAUAUUCCUAUCCUGUUCGUUCAUCUAACACUUCCUUGAGCCGUCUGGAAGGACGCGAGAGACUUGGGCCUUAUGAAGCGUUUUUAAACGGAAAGGAAAGCGACGCCGUUGAACGCUCGACGCCCGCGACGGGGGUGGCCGUCGCGCCACGUCUCAACACACUACUACCUCGCAAAUUUCAGAGCUACAAAGCAGAUAUUACCGUACCUCAAUUACACGCAUAUACGAUAGAGAACGCAGAGAAAAAUGAAACUAGCCAGCGACAGGAACAUAGGGAAGGAAGAUAAUGAAACAGAUAAAUACGAGAUAACGAAACGAUCAAUAUGAUAAAGGAUGAAGAACAAUCGUAUAUAGGGAAGAAUAUAUAGACGAUAAGCCACGUUUCAGUUGUCGGAUAUAUAUCUCUUUCUUUUAUCUUUUGUGUCUUUCUUUUUUUUUUGCGCCAUCUUACAACACCAUUGUGAUGUACACACACGCAUAGGGAAAACCCAGUUAGAGAUUUCUUUCUUCCGAUAAUCAUGCGUGUAAAACGAUGAUCCGCACGACGAUAUAUAGCUGUUGCAUCGUGUCGUUGACGUUUGAUACGCGCAUGGAGAUUUUGCACGAUCGUAAUCGACGCGAACGAGGAGACCGCAGUUACAACGUUUUACCACGUUGUAGCCACUGAUCAUUAUUCGGAGAAUUUCAACCGUGGAUAUUUCAAUUCUUACGUCUCGCAAACAGAUAGCAUCGUAAACAUGUACAGUCGCUCUAUAUAUAUAUAUAUAAUCCUCGUCGAUCGAUUCGAUCGGACGAAUCCCAAGUUCUACGGUCUUUGUUCGAUCUGUUUCGUUUCCUUCGCUCGUUUCGCAUGGGACGUGGACGAGUUCGAAAGCAACAGCGCAGAUAGGAGAGAUAUAUAUAGAUAUAUAAUAUUAUACAUAUACUCGAUGGUUAAUAAUAAUAAUAAUAAAAAGGAGAAGUUGCGCGCGAGAGAGAGAGAGAGAGAGAGAAAGAAAGUGAGAAAGAGAGAGAGAGAGGGAGAGAAAGAGAGAGAGAGAGAGAGAAAGAUCGCAAGCAGUAAGGAAUAAUACAGCAAGAGAAAUGUCCCCAACCCUAUCCACAGACCCCCUCCCCCUUUCUACAAUAGGAAAUAGUUGAACGUGAAAUAGCGAUGAUAAAACAAUUAUGAAAUAGAAUUAUUGUAUUCGCGAGCUCUGUCGAGGCGGAGGGCCUCUCCGUCGAAACAACGGGCGAGACCUCCAUUUUUAUUUUUUCGCGAUUCUCGCUCGUUGCUGCUCGCCGGAGGCUCUCCUUUCUGAAUGUACAUAGUGUGAAGUAGAUAGAGUUUCUCGUUUCUCGACGAUCCCCUCCACACGUUCGAACCACGUUUUGCCUCGUAUCGAUACGAAGAUGCCCGAGUCUCGUUGAAUGUCGAACGUUGAACGUUGCCUGUUUCUCUUCUUACGCCGUCGCCCCCUCCGCCCUUCGCCGUUUUUUAUCAACAAACCGUAGAAAGCCGAAAUAAUAUCGUACACAGUUAAGAAAUAUAUCCUGAUACAUCGUGCCUCGAGAACCUGCCGAUCGGAUGCGCAAGCCGAACAAAACGGAUCCUAUCGUUCGAUCGUUCGAUGCCCGUCUUUAUUUGUUUAAAUGGACGAGACGUAACGAACGUAUCGUAACAUGGAAACUGUAUCCGUUGGAAUAAUCGAUGAAAUUGUUAACUAGUGCGUCACUGCCAACCUUCGAAAAACCAUCUCGACAGCAAUAAAAAGGUGUCGUCUCGUAUCCGGUAGCCAGCGGGGGUUCUCGUAAUACGACUUCUGCGAAGUAAAGAUAUUAAUAAUUCUAUAAUAUAGAACUGUAAAUGCGUGAUUAUCGAUUACGGGCGUAGAGGAAGAGAAAACAACGAGAGUCGGAACGUCGAUAGGGAGGCGUAGGCUUCGACAGAUUUCUAAUUUCUUUUUUUUUUUUCUCUGUUGUGUCCAUCGUCGAAGCGGAAGAGAUGGACGAGAAACGAGGCACUCUACGGUCGUCAGAGCAAACAUCUGUUAUAUUUCGUCGCGCCGAAUUGCCCGAGAGCGUCCAGAGAACCGCCGAGAACAAGACACAGGGUAGAGAGAGAGAGAGAGAGAGAGAGAGAGAGAGAGAGAAUCGCUGAGAAGGUGGAUUUUAGGCGCGCGAAAGUUUGCAGACAAAAGAGCGAGAGAGAUGGAGAUAGAGAGAAAAAGAGAAGAAAACGGGUAUUUGGAUCGAUCGGUCGCUCGGCGACUCGCGGACUCGUCUCGGGCUCGGUGGACGAUGAUUUGUUAUUAUACCGAAAUCUGUUAGUUUUUUGUCUUACAUAUUAGCGUUAAAAUAGAAUGGGAAUAGUAGAAAUGCCGUUGUGUUGUUUUUUUGUCUCUUUUCUUUUUUUUUCUUUUUUUUUUUUUAAGAGAACGAAGAAGAUAAAAAAAAAAAGAAGUAAAUGUAAUUACGAAUCGACGAUUUUUGUCAUCGUGGGUAUAUAAUAUAAACGCGAACACGGGAGAAAAAGUGAAUGGAAAGAUGGAAAAAAAAGAAAAAAGAAGAAGAUAAAGAAACGAAAAUGGAUUUUGAAAAGGUAACGAAAAUUAAACGAAACGAUAUUAAUAAUGGGCAUAUUAUGUGAAUUCGAUUCGCGCUACUGGUUGAAAAGAUACAGGAAAAAUCGGGCGAGACGCCGAUGUACGCGCGUCUUUUUCAUUUUGUAACGCUCAUGCGCCAGCUAACGUCGCUUUUCUUUCUUUUGGUUAAACGCGCGAACAAAGCUGCCGUUUUGUUCGUGCCAUCGAAAUUCGAAAAUUCGCAAGAGAACGAGAAAAAAUCACUUUUCGUGUGUUUGCUUUUCGCGGAAGAAAAAAAGGGAAAAUUCGUGUAUGCUUCCUUCCCUUCGUAUCUCCACAAAAUUUAUCGCUUUUUAAUUAUUAUCAUUAUUACUACUACUACAUUACUACUACUACUACUACUAUUACUACUACUACUACUACUACUACUACUCUACUACUACUACUACUACUACUACUAUUACCAUUAUUAUUCGUAUUGUUAUUAUUCUUAUUCUAUUAUUAAUUAAGAAAAUUACGGGGAACGAAGAGCGAGAGAAAUCGAUGUUGAAGCGCGCGCGUGAGCGAAGAUGUACCGUAAAUAUCAGCGAGCGAUACGCUCGACGAGAACAAUUCCUCACAAAUAAAACAUAAUUAAAAAUAAAGAUAAAUAAAGUAAUAUUAUAGAUGAGAGAAAAAGGGAGUAGUAAUGGUGAAUUGAGGGAAAAAAGAACACACCCACACGCAAACGAACGACAAACGCAGCGAGACCGAUUUGCUUAAUCGCGAAAUUUUAUUAACUGUGUGUAACUCUGAAAAUAAAAGUCUAUUUGAAUGUAAGCGCGUUACGCAAGAGAGGAAAGGAGAACGGUAUUACUAAUAAAUAUUAUCAGUUAUUCCUAAAACGAGUGAACUAUAGAAGAAAAAAAAGGAAAACGAAAAGCUGGACACACUUCAUAAAAUAGAUAGAUUUCAACGCAGGCAAAAGGACUUUCUUCAUUCGUUUUUUUUUUUUAUUUAUUUUUUUUUUUUUUUUUGUUUUUGUCCCCCAGUUUCAUCGUGAACGCGCAUAAUAUUACGCGUUUUUAGAUGCCGCAAACAAGCCGAAGAAAAACUAAGGAACGUGUUAGGAGGGGGGAUGAUAUGCCCUCCGAGUUCAGGAAAAAUAGUUUAAACGUGUUUCAGAAAAGAAAAAGAAAGGAGAUGGAAAAAAAAGAGCGAAGAGUAGCCAGUGUAAAAUUUUCCCGUUUUUUUUUUUAUGUCCGAGCUCGUAUCUCAAAUUCGCAGAAAGGAAACUUUUCCGAGAUUCUCUUUUGUACCUUCGGAUCUUGCACGAUUUCCAUCGAUCUCGGAAUAAUAUCCAGAGAAAGAAAGAAAAAAAGAAAGGGAAAGCAAAGAAGUUCCUAAUCACCGAUCCUUCUUUUCCAUUUCUAUUCCCGGACGUCCGAAACUUUUUCCCAUUUUUAUUCGUUCGUCGACAUCGUUCUUCGAUCGAUUUGUACGAGAUCUUCCAUUGUUACCGUUUUCAACGUUACCUUCCACCUUGUACUUCUUGUUUUCGUCUUCCCUCGUCUGUCCAUCCCGUACCUUCCAAUUUCGCUAUCUCUCCGUCCUUGUCUUAGUCCACGGAUAAAAAAGGCAAAAGAACUGAAAAAAAAAGAAACGAACGAAUUCAUAGCACUCGGAGCUACUUUUUUCCACUCUACAAGCUACGUCUAGCGAGAUAACCGAGGAAAAUUUUUUUUUAUCGUCGUACGUAUUCCGAGCAGUGAAACAACAGGAAAAGAAAAUGGGAAAGAAGUGACAGUUGUCGCUGUCGGGUUGAAUAUUUUUUACUAUACACAAACACACACGCAAGCCACACAAGGACGAAAAAAAUAAUAAGAAAUCAAUCUAUAAUGAAUUUAUGUGUAACAUUUAAUUGAGGAUUGUAUGUAAUUGUAUAUAUAUGUAUAUAUAUAUAUGAGUACAAUGCAGUCCAUGAGUUAAGAUACAUUCUCCUUUUUCUACAAUGAAAAAAAUAAAUUAUUCUAGUUAAUAAAAAAAAAAAAAAAAAAAUUAUGGUGUGCGUUAGUGUCUCUUUUUUUUCUUUGAUGCCAAUCUUCCCGAUGAUCAUCCAUAAGAGUAACUUUUAUUUAACGUCGCGAAUGCCCAUACACUCUGUAAACGAAUUUUAUUGUUGUGAUGUGGAAAUAAACGUUUCAAAAAUUC